AUGGAGCUCUCAAUCACACAACCUGAUGAUUGGCAUCUACAUCUUCGUGAUGGUAAACUUCUUGAAGCUGUUGUCUCACACUGUUCAGAUCACUUUGGAAGGGCCAUUAUCAUGCCUAAUCGUAAACCUCCUGUCACCAAAACAUCUGAAGCCAUGGCAUAUCGGGAGGCUAUUUUGAAAGCACUGCCAGAAUCUAGUAAAUUCACUCCUCUGAUGACUAUUUACUUGACAGACACGACACCUCACGAGAUCAAACUGGCAAGGGAGAGUAGGGUUGUAUUUGCUGUGAAGUUGUAUCCUGCUGGUGCUACUACAAAUUCUCAACAUGGUGUAACAAAUCUAUUUAGGAAGUGUUUACCUGUACUCGAAGAAAUGGUUCAGCAAAACAUGCCUUUGCUUGUCCAUGGAGAGGUUACAAGUCUUGAUGUUGAUGUAUUUGAUCGAGAAAAGGUGUUUAUCGACGAAGUUCUCGAUCCCUUAAUACAAAAGUUUCCACGAUUGAAGGUUGUGAUGGAGCAUAUUACUACUAAGGAUGCUGUGAAAUUUGUCGAGUCUUGCGAUGAUGGAUUUGUUGCAGCAACUGUCACACCGCAGCAUCUUGCUCUUAAUAGGAAUUCAAUUUUCCAAGGAGGAUUGUAA